AUGAUGUAAACUAAUGAUCAGUCAACCUCAGGAGGAGGUUGCUGCUAUGGUAGAUCAAAGAAGUCAGCCAAGGCAUCAGCUGUAAACGUCCAGAAAAAAACUAAUGUUGAUCGACAAGAUAUCUUUGGAUCGAGUAGUUAAUAAAAAAUUAUAGAGGCAAAAGUUGUACUAUUAGGAGAUAGUGGCGUUGGAAAAUCUAGUAUUGCACAACGUUAUUGCAAGAAUUUGUUCUCUGAGUCACAUGAUGUAACAAUCGGCGGCGCAUAUCUUCAGCAAAUCGUUACUCUCUAGGAUGGAAAUUAAGUAAAGCUUCACAUUUGGGACACAGGGGGUUCAGAGAGAUUCAGAUCAAUGGUUUCGUUAUAUUAUAGAGAGGCAGCAGCAGCUAUAAUAUGUUAUGACAUAUCAGAUGAUAAGAGUUUCACAAGCGUUCAUUUCUGGAUCAAUGAGAUGAUUAAUAAUAAUGACAAGGAAGAGUUUGUGAUGGCAUUAGCUGGUAAUAAAUGCGAUGUUGAAGAAUCGUAGAGGAAAAUAACGAGAGGAAUGUCUGAGAGUCUUAGUUAAAAGCAUAACAUGAUUUAAGCUGAAACUUCUGCAAAGACGGGAGAAGGUGUUCAAGAAUUAUUUAAACAAAUAGCAGAACGUAUUGUUAAAUUGAAAAAAUGA